AUGCCUGCCCGUUGCGUGGCCGCCCACUGCGGCAACACCACCAAGUCUGGGAAGUCGCUGUUCCGCUUCCCCAAGGACCGGGCCGUGCGGCUGCUCUGGGACCGCUUCGUGCGAGGCUGCCGCGCCGACUGGUACGGGGGCAAUGACCGCUCGGUCAUCUGCUCUGACCACUUUGCCCCAGCCUGUUUCGACGUCUCUUCGGUUAUCCAGAAGAACCUGCACUUCUCCCAGCGCCUGAGGCUGGUGGCAGGCGCCGUGCCCACCCUGCACCGAGUGGCCGCCCCGGCACCUAAAUGGAAAGAGGAGGGAGCUCAAGCAAGCCGCCCCGACACGAGAGGAGCGCUCCAGGCAGCCAGGCAUUCUGCGGCUGUCCAGUGUCCAGUCUCCUGUACACGCCCCCGGGCUGGGAAGCGCGCUGCGGCUUCGCAGAUUACAUGUGAAAAUGAAGUUAUGCAAACCCAAGGCCAUGCUGAUAAUCCAUCUAAUAAUGUCACUGCAGUGCCUACUCACUGUGAAGAAGGGCCAGUGCAUAAAAUUACACAAAUUUCUUUGAAAAGGCCUUCUCACCGUAGUGUGGGUAUUCAAGCCAAAGUGAAAGUGUUUGGAAAAAGACUGUAAUGCAACUACUCUAUUGUAGUCUAGAACUUCUUCUCUCUUUGACAUUUACUCCAGUGAUUCAGAAACAGAUACAGACUGGGAUAUCAAGAGUGAACAGAGUGAUCUCUCUUAUAUAGCUAUACAGGUGAAAGAAGAGACAUGUUAAAAACCCAACCUCAAAUGCUCUGAUGUGCUAUAGAUUUUCAAAUCUUUACUGUUUUUGCUAUUGUAAAUCUUUCACUUCAAGAUAAUUUGACAGUUGAGUACCAGCAAAAUUUGUUUAGCUCUAUGGCAAAAGUUUGCUUGCUUGCCACAUAAUGAAGAUAAUCCCUACCCACAAACAUCCCUACACUCUACUUUCAACACUUUUUUCUUUUCUUUAUUUCUUUUUUUUUUUUUGAGAGGGAGUUUCACUCUUGUUGCCCAGGCUGGAUGGAGUGCAAUGACAUGAUCUCAGCUCACCGCAACCUCCGCCUCUCAGGUUCAAGGGAUUCUCCUGCCUCAGCCUCCCAAGAAGCUGGGAUUAUAGGCAUGCACCACCACACCCAGCUAAUUUUGUGUUUUUAGUAGAGACGGGGUUUCUCCACAUUGGUCAGGCUGGUCUGGAACUCCCGACCUCAGGUGAUCCAUCCACCUCGGCCUCCCAAAGUUCUGGGAUCACAGACAUGAGCCAUCAUGCCCUACCUCACUUUUUUUUUUCCUUUUAAUCCUUUCGGUAGAAAUCAGGUUACAAAGCAAAACCGCAAUAUCAACAACGUAUUCUAAUCACGGUUAAGCAUUGAAUAUUUAUUUAAGCUUAGUUCAGAAGCAGUGCUUCUAUGGGAUUUACUUGACAUUUGCUGGUUAGAAUGUCACUAUUCUUCUAAAUAAUUUGAAGGAAUAAAGUAAUAACAGUGAGCACAGCCGUGCCUGACACUACUAAAUGAUUUGGUAGUGAAAUCUAGAACUUCUUCUAGAAUGACAUCUACCCUUGACUACUUUUUAUGUUAUUUAUUUAUUAGUUUGUCAAUUGAUAACAUAUAUGGAUCUGUCCUGUGAGCAUUUCUGAUGAAUCUGUGGUUCUUACAGAAAUUUUUCAAAGAGAAUCAAUUUAGAGAUGGAGUUUUCAUACACUUACAUUAACUUAUUAAUGAAAUCUAUUUGCAUCAGUUCCUACUGCAACACAUUAAUUAGCUUGAUUAAUUUAGAAUCAUUAACAUCAUGAAAAAAAGUAUUACAUUUCUAAUGUAUUCCCAUUGCAGGUGUUAGGUUUUCUUUCUGUCAAUACCCCUCUUUUGAAUUCUACAUUUGAGAAAUAAGCAUGGAAAUAUUAGCUACCCCAUCUGCCAUUCACCAUGACAAAUUUCUCUGGUGAUUUUGUACCAUGAAGUAAAUUGUUACAGUGGUUUCUGAGAAGCAUACCAUAACUCUGAUCUUCUAUUGAGAAUAGUAAUAACAAAUACUAAUUUUACACC